GUAGCCCCGGUUGACGGUAAAAGUCAUAUUUCCUUUAUCAUUUGAUGAUUUGCACCAACUUCUAGACAUUUUCAUGUUUUUCUAUUUUCUAGACUAUACGUACCACAGAGCCGUGGUACAAUAGUGUCCCACUUCAUAUGUCACAAGGGUUUUUUCGGCUGUAGUACAUUGUGGUACACAUAUGUCCCACAUGUUUUCUCUCACCAACAUAUCCGGUCUAAUUCAUACAGAGCUACGCACUUCCUUUCGCUGCAACAGCUAGCGUCAAACUAACUUGAGAAAUGAAAUUUGUCACUGUCUGCUCGGGAAGUUUGGCAUAUGAGCAAUCGGAGUCAAAGUGUUAAGUGGCAGCAUAGUUGUCACUCUUAACAGUGUUUAAAAACAUGACAUUGUUUCAAAUAACCAAUAUCAUCUGUUUAUUAGGUGCAUUGGAGUAACUUUAUAUGAGCAACUUUACAAAGAAGAGAUGAAAUUGUCUAGACAGCCCAAAAAAGUUGUAUAUUACUACUGACCUGUAAUUAUCAUCUUCUAUGAUGCUAUCAUGAAAGAAAAUUGAGUUCUGUCUAUGCUAGAACUCUGUGCAAGGAAUUCUUAAUUAGGUGUUUUCAUAGGAUUUUACAGUGAAAUUUUGCACUUUCUUCUACUUAUAUAAUAAUUUUAAAUUAUUUUCAGACUGAAAAGACACUAUCACCAAAGAGAGAGUUGUUCAUUUAGACCCUGCAGCAUGGCAGGGAAUUUUUGGCAGAGUGCCCAUUACCAGCAAUGGCUGCUGGAUAAGCAGGACCUGAUCAAGGAGCGACAGGCUGACCUGCAGGUGCUCUCCGAGGAGGAGUACCAAAAAAUUAUGAUCUUCUUCACCAAUUUCAUUCAACAGCUUGGCGAAACACUGAAGUUGAGGCAGCAAGUGGUGGCAACAGCCACAGUCUUUUUGAAAAGAUUUUAUGCUCGCUACUCUCUUAAGUGCAUCGACCCGCUGUUGCUGGCGCCCACCGCUGUCUUCCUGGCAUCCAAAGUGGAGGAGUGUGGUGUUAUCUCCAACAACAGGCUUAUAUCCACUUGCCAACAAGUAGUGAAGAACAAGUUUGGCUAUGCCUACUCAACAGAAUUUCCAUAUCGCAUCAACCAAGUGUUGGAGUGCGAGUUCUACUUGCUCGAGAAUAUGGAUUGUUGCCUUAUUGUAUUCCAGCCAUACCGGCCGCUGAUCCAGUACGGUCAGGACCUGAACUGCGACAGCGACACCCUGCAGCUCUCAUGGACCAUCGUCAACGACUCCCUCCGUACCGACGUGUGUCUCCUGUAUCCCCCCUACCAGAUCGCUCUAGCUUGUCUUCAGCUGGCGUGCGUGGUACACAAUAAGGACUGCAAACAAUGGUUCGCUGAGCUCAACACUGACAUGGACAACAUCAUGGGCGUCACGAGCCAUCUUCUCAGCCUCUACGAGCUCUGGAAGAACUACGAUGAAAAGAAAGAAAUUCUCGCGCUGCUGCAGAAAAUGCCCAAGCCGAAUCUUCAGCCCUCCAGAUAAAGCUGUCCUGUGGUAGGCUUAAAAAACUUGCUUUUUAUUUUGGCUGCAGGGUGAGCCAUUGCCGGUCGAAAAUUUACUUGGGAUUAUCCUUCGUUUUCUGAAUCCGAUUGAACAGUUUAAAAUGUUGUACACUUUAUACUUGGUGUGUGAAUUUUGCCUUUAAAAAAUUUUUUUUGCUACUGAAAUUCAUAUUUUAGGCAAGUACAUCGCUGAUGAGUGAGAUAUGAAAUAAGUGGAACGUUCUUAUAAAUUUUAAUCAACUUAAUAGCAGGUUCUCUAUGGUAGAGCACAUCUUGUGGAGAGUUUUUCGCCGACUUAAAGGUGGCGUCAAUAAUUUGGAUGUUUUUUGUAUAACCAAUUCAUAUUAUCCGGCGUUCACGGUGAAGAAUGAAAGUAGCAGGAGUGCAUCGCAUCUUAAUAUCGGUUUACAGGACGAUGGUUUUCAAGGGUCACAUGCUUAACGGUACUGGAGAUGAUGUUAGUUAAUAUUGAGCAUGUUGGUGACGCAACAUAAUUCGUUAUUGUCUACGUGGCAGCAGUUUGCUGGGGAUAACUUUGAAAUGAAUGAUUGCUGCUGCUAGUUUAGUGCUGGUUGUUCAGAUAUCAACUUACGGGUGAAUAUUAGGUUAGGUGAAUAUUACUCAGCUCCUCGCGUAACUAAACUACUUGCAUGAACUAUAAUCCACCUGCCUGCAUUGCCUUUACUGUCCAGCAACUCUUCGAAUGUUGUAUUCAGACGCGGCUUUCGUUUUCGGGCGAUAAUAUUUAUUUUCUCCUCGCUUUUGGCUACUUUUGCGCAUCGAAGGUAUCUUCUUGUUCGUGUAGUGGAGAAAAGUAUACAUGGAGGGCAGGAUUGUCAAUUUUUUGGAAGUAAUUUUCAAGUGAUAUUAGUACAAUACCUUAAUUGCUGAACAUCUACAAAAUAUUUCUGAACGUACGGUAUACGAUAGAAAUGUGGCUGGCUCAUCGCUCACAACUUCGUUAAUUUUUCACCUUGAGAACAAAUAAGUCAGUGAGGAAGUAGAGAAAAAUCAAUGUUUUUCUGGCAAUUCUUUUAUUUUUCGAAAAGGAUAGUGAAAUUAUUAUUUAAUUGUACAAUUUUUCAAAAUUGUUAUAUCAUUCAUAGUGAGUCCAUUCCGAAGUCUGUGUCGUAACUGUCAUCCAAUAUAUUAAAUUUUUUUAUGUGGUGCAUAUGCGGUAUUCAGUGUAGUCGUAGCGUUCUUUUUGAAGCAAGCUUAAUGCCUUGGUAAAUCUUCAUUAAUCGCAUCCUGUGUAACCAAAUUUUUUACGAUGUAUACAGAGUGUAAUGGAUGACAGUCACUUUGUUUCUACAAUUUUGACGAAAAGUUCUUCUGAACUAUUCGUGUAUUAAACAACACUUACAGUCGGUCUAAGGAAAUAUCUUGUUUCGGCACUUGAACCUGUUUGGGUUGAUAUUAUAUUCGUAUGUGUUUUUUACAACUAAUCUUACUCAUUUUAAUAUCUUCAUCGGUUCGAGAAAAUCUUUGGAAACAGAACAUUUUAGAAGUUGAAGAACAUUUCUCCUCCGCACUCAGAAGGAGUCUUGUUCUUUGCUGCUGUGAAAAGCUUCUCUCUUCCGAGUGAAUUUCCUUCGUAAAAAUAUUUUUCCAUCAACUUGAUGCUUUCCUUGUGCCUAUUUUCAACGCGCUAACGAUGCACAGAAUUCAUUUUGCCUCCUGCGAAAAUGAAAAAAAUUUCACCGAAGUACUCAUGAGUUUCUCAUUAAUCUAUAUAUAAUAUUGAAUAUUUCGCAGUCUCGUUAUCAUUAAAUUUUUAAUGUCUUCUGAAUUCUUUGCUUCCACUCCAAAAACUGACAAAGCUGGCUUGCUCCUUAAUUAGUUAAAGUUCAUCUUUAUGUGAUGAAAGCUUCGUAUAUUCUAUUUUUGUGUCCAACUUGGUGGCAAUAGAUGUCCAGUGCUUGAAAUUGCAUUGUUUCAUUUAUCCAUUACCAACUAAAUUGUUUUGCUUCAAGAUACUUUUUAUGUAUUUAUUCACUUGUAUUGAUCUUCUUUCUGAUUUGACCAAAUAAAUGUUUCCAAAUGUU